AUCCUCUCUGUCAAAUGCAAGAAUGAAGUCUUCAGCCGUGAGACAUCUCAGAGGAAUACUAAGAAUGAAGAUAACGUGCACAGCCUUUGUGCUCCUCAUCCAAACAGUACAAUGUUUGGCUUCAGAUGAUUCAGCGUUUCGACUAACUACUAAAGCUACUGGUUUUUGUUUGGUCAAAAGUAAUGGCUACUGCUAUAACAUACGCUGGACAACUGGUGACCGACUUCAGGUUCAAUGGGCACAUCAGUGUCUGGGAGCCCAGGGGAAAAGUGUGGGAAGUGAAAUAAGCCUCUACGAGUGUGAUGAAAACAGCGACCUCCAAAAGUGGGAAUGCAAGAAUGGAACAGUGCUCGCCCUCAAAGACCAAGAGCUUUACAUUGAGCUCACUGCGGAUAACACAGCCGUUCUCUCCAGAACAGUAGGACCCAAUAACCACCUCACCAUUACAGGGACGUCCAAUGGAGCUUGUGCCAGAACAUACAGAGAGUUUUACACAAUUGGAGGAAAUGCAAAUGGUAGGCCCUGCAUGUUUCCCUUCAUGUACAAAAACAACUGGUACACAGACUGCACUACGCAGGACUCCUCCGAUGAACGACUUUGGUGUGCGGUUCAAACUAAAUAUGACAAUGAAAUCUGGGGCUUCUGCCCAACUAACUCCAAAGAACACUGGAAUAAACACAUUACAACAGGAGCGUAUUACCAGCUCAACACACACUCGGCUCUGACUUGGCCCCAAGCUGAAGCCAGCUGCAAACUGCAGUUGGCCUCUCUGCUCAGUAUCACAGAUCCUCACGAGCAGGCUUACAUCACAGCACUACUAGGGGCAGAGGGCAGGGGACAGGGGGACAAGCUGUGGACUGGGCUGAUAAAGGACCCAGAACAUGGCUGGCAGUGGUCCAAUGGGAAGCCUUACCCUUAUCUGAAUUGGGACUCAGGACAUCCACUUCCUGAGCCAGGACAAGACUGUGCACUUGCUGAUGGUAAUAUCCAGUACUCCUGGCAAAGUUCAACAUGCAGCAAGAAGCUGGGCUACAUCUGCUACAGUGAAGGAGCUGUGGCUCCUCCUACUCGAGCUGCUGUGACAGGAUUCUGUUCAAGACCUUGGAUUCCCUACAAUGGCCACUGCUUCCACCUUAAUAGGACUCAGAAAACAUGGUCUGAAGCUCGGAAAGCCUGUCGCAAAGAAGGAGGAGACCUAGUGAGCAUCCGUGAUGUGGAGGACCAAAGCUUUGUCAUCUCUCAACUUGGUUAUGCGUCCACUGACGAGCUGUGGAUUGGACUAAAUGACAUAAGGACAGAGAGGCUGUUUGACUGGAGUGACCACUCUAUUGUCACCUUCACCAGCUGGGAGUUUGGGAAACCUGCUGUCUUUACUGACGAAGACGACUGUGUUCUCAUCAGGGGAGAGAAUGGGAACUGGGCUGACCGUGUGUGUGACGAGAAACAUGGCUUCCUUUGUAUGAAGAGGAGUGCCUCUCAACCCUCUGGAGAUGAAGUGGAGCAGGAUGUAGACUGCAAGACUGGGUGGAAAAGAUAUGGCUCCUACUGCUACUUUGUAGGAACGGAGACAAAGACGUUUGAUGAAGCCAAAGAUGACUGCAAGAGCUCGGACUCGUACUUAGCUGAUGUUUCAAAAGGAGUGGACAAUGCCUUCCUUGUCAGCUUGGUGGGGAUGAGACCAGAGAAAUACUUCUGGCUCGGCCUCUCAAACCAGAAAGACAUUGAUCUAUUUGUGUGGACCAACACAGACUCUGUGACGUACACUCACUGGAAUGCUCAGAUGCCAGGUCACCAACAGGGCUGUGUUGCCAUGCAAACUGGGGUUUUUGCUGGCCUCUGGGAUGUGCUGCCCUGCACCAAUAAGGAGAAAUACAUCUGCAAACACCUGGCAGAGGGGGCAGUUUUAACCCCUGCACCACCGACUGUUCCCCCUCCCAUGUGCGCGGACGGCUGGACUCGAAUAGUGACAAGAAAUGUCUGCUAUAAGUUAUUUUCAGAUUCAUCUAUCAGCACGAGGACCUGGUAUGAGGCCAGAGAUUACUGCAGGGCCAUCGGAGGAGACCUGCUCAGCAUCCACGGUGCUGCUGAUCUAAGACGUAUACUAAGAUCUGAACCAGUCUGGAUCGGACUUCAUGCCCCCAACCCAGUCACCGGUUACAUAUGGAGCAAUGGAUCACCUGUAAACUUCCAAAACUGGAACAACGGAGAGCCAAACAAUAUAAACCAUGUGCAAUCUUGUGCUCAAUUCAGAGUUGCUAGAGCUGGUUGGGAAUAUUUAGAUUCUUGGAAUGCUGUCCAAUGUGAGAAGUACAGUGGAUGGCUGUGUGAGAUCCGUGCAGGAGCAACUCCAAAGCCACCUCCAGACCCUGUCGCUCCUGAAUACAAUAAGACCUCAGACGGGUGGAUAGAACGGAAUGGGACUCAGUAUUUUAUCAACAGUAUGUCGAUGGCCAUGGAAGAUGCUCGUAGCUUCUGCCAACAGAAGCAUGGAGACUUGGUUACUAUCGACAGUGAAGCUGAACGUGUCUUCUUGUGGAAACAGAUAUCCAAAACUCAAACUUCUUACUGGAUAGGCCUGAACAUAGACCUUGAUGGAACAUUCGAGUGGAUGGAUGGUUCUCCGGUGGUGUUUCAAAUGUGGGCUGAAGGUCAGCCUGAUUUCAAGAAUAAUGAUGAGAACUGUGCUGUCAUGGUGUAUGCUACUGGGUUCUGGCAUGAUUACAGUUGUGGGGUUGAGCACAAGUCCAUCUGUAAACGCAGUGGCUCAUCACCUGCCAACUCCACUGUGGCUCCCACAGUGGCCCCUAAAGGUGGCUGCCCCCCCGACUGGAAAAAACUUAACUCUAAGUGUUACAGCAUCAUUAACAACCAGAAAUUAACAUGGGAUGGAGCGAGGAAACAAUGCCAAGCUAUGGGUGGAAACUUGGCCUCUAUUUCCUCAAGACAUGUGGAAGUGUUUUUGAUUUCACAAAUGACUGACGCACCUACUACAGACCUUUGGAUUGGUUUUCACAAUUCAUAUUCAAUGGGAUUUUAUUGGACUGAUGGGCGACCGAGGCAAUAUGUCAACUUGGACUUUAAAAUUCACUAUCGUCAAGCAUUUUAUAGUUCGGAUAUAUGGGCUGCUGCGGAUGUAUUAAGACAUAUAAACAUAAUCCGACAGAGACAUUGUGCCGCCAUAAAUAUGAAUUCUUCCCUUGGUAUUGGGAAAUGGUUACCAAAGUCCUGCAAUGACACCAAUGGAUUUGUCUGUCUUAAGAAUGUUGACCCUUCUCUCCCAGACUCCCCUGAACCAACACUUUCUAGCGACUAUGUCAAAAUAUUGAAUGACUCUAUCAAGGUUGUUACUCAACAAAUGAGCUGGGAUGCAGCCAAAAAGCUCUGUGAAGGAGAUGGUGCUAAACUGGCUAGUCUGCGAAAUAAGUGGACACAGGCCUAUGUUGAGUUGCUGGCUUUGAGUCUCAAAGCUCCUGUGUGGAUUGGACUGAACAAAGAUCAGACCGAUGGGUAUUUCAGAUUUAUUGAUGGCUGGCACCUCAGCUUUUCUUACUGGGGUGUAAAUGAACCAAGCAGCGACCGUCCUUGUGUCUUCGUGGAUGUGGAUGGAAAAUGGAAGACCGCUGACUGCAAUCAGACCAUGAACAGUGUUUGUCUGAGGUCUACAGAGAUACCACCAACAGUGUCAAGUGUUUUUCCAGGAGUUUGCCCUGAAGACCCAGAUAUAUUAAGCACAGGCCACAAUUACUUCUGGAUACCAUUUCAAGGUUACUGUUACGCAUUUUUCACAGAAGCAAAAUAUUGGGCAGAUGCAUCUACUAGCUGUCUAAGACAUGGUGGAUCACUGGCCAGUAUUGAAGAUCGCGUUGAGCAAGAAUUCAUUCAAAGCCACGUAAACGUAUUUAAAGACAGCAUCCCCGUGUUCUGGAUUGGCCUGUAUAAAACUCGCAGAGGGGAGUGGUUGUGGUUGGACAAAACAAUCAUGGACUACACUAACUGGGCUGAAGGUCAAACAGAUCGAAGCUACGGAAGGAUUAAUUCUCUAGAUGGGAAAUGGAAUACAGGCCGACAGGUUCAUCUCAGACCCUACAUCUGCAAAACACCCAAAGUAUUACCACCAACACCAACACCUCCAUCAUCAGUAUUUGAUCUUCGUCAGCGUGGCCACACAGCUUUGGCAGUUGUGGCGGUCCUUACUGGGAUUGCCACGGGGGCAGUCAUUGCCUUCCUCCUCUUCAAGAAGUUCGCUCCUCGCUUAUCCUUCCCUGUCAAGUUGACCACCUUUGACAACCCACUCUUCUUCAGCAAUGAGCGGUCACAGCCCGGUGUGGUUGACACCAAUAAACUGGUAGAGAAUGCAGAGGAGGAGAACCCUGAGCCUCUUAUAACUGUGUAAUGAAAACAAUCUCAUGGUUUGUGGCUUUCUCUUGUGCAUGGCCAAUGAUUUCACAACCCUGUUCUGAAAUGGGACGAAAUUCUGAAAUUUGUACUGAUCAUUUAAAAUUCUAAUUAAUCCUGUAUUUUGUUUUAAACUUAUAUUCUACUUCUGCUAUCUUAAUUCUUAGGAUAACACUGUGUAUAUUAAUAUAUGUCAAAGAUCGGCUGCUGUGUAAAGUCAAGAGUUGUAAUGUCUAAUUUAUCUUUAGUCUGAUAUCAAAAGCCAAUCAGUUACAUUUAUAUCAACGAAAAUAUGAUUAGACAAUUUUAUUACUGAAUUCUUCCAAACAUUAUAAAUAAAAACUAUCUAUUCUAUCCCCUUCACUUUAAUCAGCAGGUGGUAAGCAAGGCACAGGAACUUGGCUUGGGUCUUGAGUUGUAUCUGUAUUUUUGAUCUUUCUGAUACUGUCCACGUCCUCCUGGAGACGCUGGGUCUUUUUUAAAUAAAAUGUCUCAACACACAGGAUGAACUUUGCACAGAUGUGAACUGUAUGGUGUAACGUGACAUACCUCUGCUAGUAAACAAACUACUACCUGCUUCUGA